CUGUUCUCAGGAAGUGAAACUCACACAGUCGCUGUGACUGAGAGCAGAAAUGGAGCAGAAUCAGCCGGACCAAGAAACUCUCUCCUGUUCGAUCUGCCUGGAUCUACUGAAGGAUCCGGUGACGAUUCCCUGCGGACACAGCUACUGUAUGAACUGUAUUAACAGCUUCUGGGAUGAAGGUGAGCAGAAGAAGAACUAUCACUGUCCUCAAUGCAGAGAGACAUUCACACCGAGGCCUGUUUUAAAGAAGAGCACCAUGCUAGCAGCUUUAGUGGAGCAGCUGAAGAAGACUGGACUCCAAGCUGCUGCUGCUGAUCUCCGUUCUGCUGGACCUGACGAUGUGGCCUGUGAUUUCUGCACUGGAAGAAAACUGAAAGCCAUCAAGUCCUGUUUAUUCUGUCUGGCCUCUUACUGUGAGAAACACCUUCAGCCUCAUUAUGAUGUGGCUCCUUUAAAGAAACACAAGCUGGUGGAGCCGUCCAAGAACCUCCAGGAGAACAUCUGCUCUAAGCAUGAUGAGGUGAUGAAGAUGUUCUGCCGCACUGAUCAGAAGUGUAUCUGCUAUCUCUGCUCUGUGGAUGAACAUCAAGGCCACAUCACAGUGUCAGCAGCAGCAGAAAGGACUGAGAGGCAGAGAGAGCUGGAGGAGAGACGAGGAAACAUCCAGCAGAGAAUCCAGGACAGAGAGAAAGAUGUGAAGCUGCUUCAACAGGAGGUGGAGGCCAUCAAUCACUCUGCUGAUAAAACAGUGGAGGACAGUGAGAAGAUCUUCACUGAGCUGAUCCGUCUCCUCCAGAAAAGAAGCUCUGAUGUGAAGCAGCAGAUCAGAUCCCAGCAGGAAACUGAAGUGAGUCGAGUCAAAGAUGUUCAGGAGAAGCUGGAGCAGGAGAUCACUGAGCUGAAGAGGAAAGACGCUGAGCUGGAGCAGCUCUCACACACAGAGGAUCACAACCAGUUUCUCCUCAACUACCCCUCACUGCCAGCACUCAGUGAGUCUACACACUCAUCCAGCAUCAACAUCCGUCCUCUGAGACACUUUGAGGACGUGGCAGCAGCUGUGUCAGAGCUCAGAGAGAAACUACAGGACGUCCUGAGAGACUCAUGGACAAACAUCUCACUGAUGGUCACUGAGGUGGAUGUUCUACUGUCAGAACCAGAACCAACGACAAGGGCUGGAUUCUUAAAAUAUUCAUGUGAAAUCACAAUGGAUCCAAACACAGCUCACACAGAGCUGGUUCUGUCAGAGGGAAACAGGAAGGUGACAAGGAUGAAUCAACAUCAGUCUUAUUCUAGUCAUCCAGACAGAUUCACUCAUUAUUCUCAGGUUCUGAGUAAAGAGAGUUUAACUGGACGUUGUUACUGGGAGGUGGAGUGGAGAGGGAGAGUUUUAGUAUCAGUCGCAUACAAGAAUAUCAGCAGAGCAGGAAGAGGGAAUGAAUGUGAAUUUGGAUUUAAUGACAAAUCUUGGGCUUUAUAUUGUAACACUUCUCAAUUUUGUCACAACAACAUCUGGACCUCCAUCUCAGGUCCAGUUUCCUCCAGAGUCGGAGUGUACCUGGAUCACAGAGCAGGUAUUCUGUCCUUCUACAGCGUCUCUGGAUCCAUGACUCUGAUCCACAGAGUCCAGACCAGAUUCACUGAGCCGCUACAUGUUGGAGUUUGUUUGAACAAAAACUCAACAGAACUAAUGAAGAAAAGAUGUUUACUUUUUAUUAUUCAUUAAAACUUGAUUCAGGGUUUAGUUAUGGUACUGUCUGGAAUCCCUGCGUGUUUCUAGAUGACUGUUAUAUGAAGGGUGAUAUCUGAUAUAGAUCAAUGAACCGUCGUCAGUCUUCGUCUUUCAUACGCGUCUGAACUCGGCGCCGAGGUUUGCACCUGCUGAGCUCAACAAUAGAUGAAGCUGAAGGUGCAGAAAAACCUCCAGACCCAAAGCAAACACACCGGAGACGAUGUUUGCUCUGAAAUCAGGUUCCCUGCAGGCGGACAGGAAGUGACGACGCAUCACAUCCCCCUGCAGGUGGAAGGGCCUCAUGAUUGGACCUCAUGAUCAGAACAGGUUCAGGUGGCCGAACCGUCUCAACCCGAUGAGGUAAAACAGAGAAAUCUUAGGAAUGUUGCACUUCAUGUUGAAGCCUCUGGUUCAGGUGGGACAUGGAGGUUUGGGAAAACCGCCUGCGACCAAGUAAAAUCCAUAAAUACUUGACAAAAAGUCUAAAAACGCUUAUAAAUACCUAUUUUAAAUAUUCAAACACCAAAUAUGCCUUGAUGCGCAUCCAUACGUCCUGAGGAAACUGACUUCUACAGCCUUAUGUCACUCUUUGGGGUUCAGCCAAUCAGAGCCAAGCGAAAUGAAUGCUGCUAUUUGAUUGGCUGCUUUUGAAACGCCAGCCAAUAGUGUGAAGUAGCAUUCCAGCUUCCCAUGAUGCAUUUCACUUUGAAUAUUUUAGAUGUGCUUUCUGAAAGAAUCUGCGGUUUUACAGCUUCGUUGCUCUGCUGUACAACAAUAAAUCAGACUAAACCUUUUUAAUCCAGUCAGCCAGAAAUGGAGGAUAUGUGUUUUUCUUUCUUUAAACUGUGAAAUUGACUCACAUUAUUUUGACAGAAUAGCCUUUAAACAUCUUUAACUUCCUGUUUUGAGAUGUUGCUCAGUAUUUUUUAGUUCUUCCUUCACCGUCCCAUUAGUUUUGUACAGUGCACCAUUCCCUCCUGCCGUAAAACCUCACCAACAGCAUGAUGCUGCCACCUCCGUACUUUACUGUAAACUUCCUCCUUUCCCCUUCAAAAUAAUGGUCACUUGCUUUUGGAGUCAUGGCUUCUUCCUCUCCGCGUGGCUUUUCAGUCCAUGUUGGAACGAAACGUUUUACUGAAGAUGACGCCGGCGCCUCGUUGGCUGUUCACCGUUGACUUCCUGAUGAUGUCACAUAAAGGUCGUGUGUCUGUGCUUUAAAGUUCAUCCAAGUUUUUACUUUAUUUAACUCACAGAUGUGAAACUGACCUGGAAAUCAUCUGGCCUUUCCCAGGGUGGUUACAGAGAUUGUAGUCUAACUCUAAAUGCAAAUUUAAAUGUAAAUAUUGAGUUUCUGGCAAAUGAAAAGCUUUAAAAAGUGAAGUAGCGUUAUUGUUUUUAUUGUGGAAAUAUUCAUCACUUCCUGGUUCUGGGCAGGUGGCUGGAGCAGAUGGAAACUUUAUUCAGACAAAUAAAAUCUUCUGAAAAUAAAAUGUUAGGCACAACAUAAAUUAUUUCAGUUAUUAUUUUGUGUUGCAGUGACCGUGUUGCUUUUCUAAAACUGACCAAGUUCAGGUGAGAAAAUAACAGAAAUGUAAUAAUCAUGUUGGCCAAGUUUUUAAAAUUGUUGCAACAAGUCUGGAUAAAUUUGGAAAUCCAAGUUUAUCAAUAAUCAGUAUGAAUAAGUGCUGAGUGGAGUCAGAAAACUGAAAACCAGCUCUGGUUUCUGCACCUCUGUUCACUUUAGAAGCUUCUGCUUCCUUCCUGUUAGCUCUGAGUUUAUAUUUUGUCGGGGAAGUGAUAAGAUCUGAGCUUGACGUCCACUAUUCUUGCUUCAUCUCCUUCCUUCCUUUGUGAAUUUCUUGGAAACUGACCACACUUUAUUCUGGGCCGAGCAGCAGCUGCAGCAGCACCAGUGGGCUGCAGCAGUGGCUGCAGCUCGGCGUUUUAAAGCUGAUAAGCCUUCAGGCUGCAUGAUGGGGCUUCAGUGUCAGCGCUGUGUGUCGGCCUGGCAGGAAUGAGGAACUCUGAGGUUUCAAUUUCCUGUUUGAGGAAGCAUGACUGUGUAUUAAAAGAUUGUAAACUUUUUUUGCCGUUUAUUUUGGUGGCGUUUCAGCUGAUGUACAGUCAGAGUGCAGAGGAGGUUUAAACAUGACUGAGGCUGUGACAAGACAGGAGCUACAAUACCAGAAACCUUAAAGUCAGUUUAUAAUCGUAUUCUAAUAAGAAUCAACAUAUUUUUAAUGCGAGUUAAUUUUGCUGCUUUUCUCCUCCUGGGUUUUUCUUUCCGUUUUUGUUAACUUCCUUCAGAGGAUUGUUUUCUAGUUUCCAGAAAUGGUUCAUGCACCAUAAAUAUCCUCAGACUUGGAUUCUCAUGCAGGCACAGAAAUAUUUCAAACGCAGCUCUGACAGUUUUCUCCCUCCUACAGAUUGCUUCUGUUCACAUAUUUUCAUAAAUGGAGAAAAAUGCAAAAUGCACAUCAGUCCAUUUAUUACAAUGAAAGUUUUCUAAACCAGCCAGACGUAAAAAUCCAUAAAUAAUAACCGGUAGAAAACAGAAACCUAGAAGUUUUUCACAUAGUGCUGGAAGAAUUUUUAACCACUGCCAUGUUACAGGGUUUUUAGGCAUGAAUAACCUGUCCAAACUUUGACUAGACCAGUCCAACAUCUACACUGUUCUUGAUAUUUGGAGAGAUUCAGAGACGGACUUGCUGGUGAACUUUGAAUCAUCGUCUUCCUGUAAAACCCAAGUUCUCUUGAGCUUAACGUCACUAACCACCAUAAUACAGCCGCCAUGUUUGACUGUAAAUAACGAACAUUUGGUUUAAUGUGAGUUUUUGUUCAGCUGUGGUUUUGGCUGUAGACCAUUUCCCCGGUUCUUCUCAGGCCUCCUGGUUGGCGUGUUGGUGAUGUUUUGGCGUAACGUCGGCAGGUUGGCCCCUCCUGCGAUCCUCCGAGUCCCAAAACCUCAGAAAUGAUUUGAUCACCUUCACCAGCCUGAUGGACGGCAGGAAAUUUGUUUCUCGUCUUGAGUUUCUUUAGUUUGAGACAUGAUGUGUUGCCUUUUUCUGCCUACUUCCUGUUGUCAGUCAGGUUCUAUUUAAAGGACUUCUUGAUUCUAUUCAGGUAAGAAUUAUGACCUUUGACCUUAGAAACGAAUUAUUCAGCCACAGUUUCUCUGCUUGUAGGACGUUUGAGACAAACGGCCAGAAAAUGACAGAAAUGGUCAAAAGUUUGGAAACAUUUAAACUUCAAAAAUUCAUCGUUUAUCGCAAAAUAUGUUUAACGAAAUGUGAAAAUCAUACAUCUUAUAACAGAUGUAUAAAGAGGUACAUUUUGGCUAAUGUUACAUGUAUCAGCUAAUCAUAGCGGCUAACAGUCAUUAGCUAACAGUCAAAAACAACUAUUCAGCUUUUACUGCAAGUGUCAAAAAUAGUAAAAACACAGAAACAUUACAGACUGAUGAAGAAGCAAAAACUGAAAAACCUGAAAGGAUUUCAAAUCUACUGCAGACUGUACACCACGGUGUCCAACUUGAGGCCCUCGGGCCAAAACCAGCCCGCUAAAGCUAUUUAUGUGGCCAUCGAUACAUCAGAGGGAAACAUGAAUUAAACUUUGAGAUAAUUAUUGUGUUCUUAAUUAUUUUAUUAGUCAAAUCAGUUCAGCUUUCAUUUAUGUAGAACCAAAUUACACCGAUGUAAAAAGAUGGUGGAAUUAAUUACGUUUUAAGAAUUAAACUAACAUUUUACAGGAAGUUGUAUCGAUACGUUCUGCAACAGCAGCUCUCAGUGAAUUCAUGUUCUAGAUUCAGCAUUAAAUGAAAAUGAGUUUGAUAAACCUGCUGGACAUUAAACUGAAUGUUAAUUACUGUUUAGCAAUAAAGAGCUGGCUUCCAUUUUAAGAUCCUUAAUCUGCCCAUCAACCGGCCGAUCAGUUCAACACUGAUGUGACUUUCCCUGCUCUGAUUUCUGAAGCGUUAUCUUCGGUAAAAGUGCAGCCGGAUGGACCGCGCUGCGAACCCAGCGACGCCUCGGCGCCGAUGCAUCAUGUCCUCUCUCACCGUGAGCGCCAUCUGUCACAUCGCGCCUCGUCUUCCAGGAAAUUACAGCUCAGACCCAAAGCGACAACAUUAUCUGAUAUGUACCCCGGUGGGGCCGCGAUGGAUGAGCCGGGCUGAGUCCAGCUCCGCUCUGCUGAAUCCCAAAUCCACUCAGCCGUCCUGCUGGAUGUUUAAUCAGCGAAGGGGGCAGAUAAAGGCCCGACCCGGCCGCCCGCGCCCCGCUGGAGCGCGCCGACUCCAUCCUAAAGGCUGAGCUGACGCUGAUAACGCUCACAGCCUUAAUAGCCAAUCAAAUCUCAUUUGUCUUCCUGAGGACCCCGGCACCUGUUACUGCCUGAUUAUGGGGACCUGAAGGAGCGUUUCCAGCAUAUUAAACUCAGAUUAAAUGCUUUCUCUUAGAAAUAUGACCUGUGCCUGAGUUGAUGCACUCGUUCACCCCUCUGAACGCUGCUCACAAACCAGAAGAGGAGCUCCGGCUUUUCAGGUUUAUUUCUGUUAUGCAGGAGUUACUAGUUAGCAGCAGGAUUUUUCUGAUUCAGUAAAUCAGAGGGAAUUAUAUACAUUAAUAUCCAUUUGAACUCUGCAGACAUCCACAGUGCAGCAGCCAUUUUGUUUCAGGGACUCUGAUCCAUUUUUAUUUGCUAAAGAAAAUGUUUGACAAAAGUCAUAGGUUAAAAGUUUAGUUGCAAUGUUCGGUUUUACGGCGUUACAAUCAUGAUUUCCUUUUCUAAAGCUAUAAAAUUACUUCUUUCUAUAAAUUGAGUUCUUUUCUUUCUUUGGUGCUGAAAUAUCUCAGUGAGCCACUACAGAUCACAUCUGACAGCAAUGUUGCAUAAAAAAGAGUUAAUCUGCAUAAAUUAGUUCUAGUUAUGAUUAAUUUACAGGUUUUUCUCCACAUGAGGUUCAGACUGUAAAACUAAAGCGGACAGGCUAGCUGCUGCAGCAGUGGAGCUGAAUGAGUCUCGUUUCUGUUGUCUAAGACGGUGAACGUUGAAAAGAGACGUUUACCUAAGCAGCGAUAGCAGCUUAACUCGGCCUGAUGAUGAACGGCCGUCUCUUCUUCUUCUUCUCUCUUUUUUCACCGGGAGUCUGGAGGAGCUGCCAGGCCGCUCGCCGCUCUUUGAGCGAAUCUCAAACGGCGCAGAAACGGAGUCUGAAAAUAAUGAGAUGGAACAACGGAGUUUAGAGUCGUAGGUGCUGGGCCCGCUCGCCUCGGCGCUGCAGUCCCAGUUCUGUCAGCUCCCAUCAGCGGCGCAGAGACGCAGGAAGAAAGAAAAAUUACCAGCAGAUCUCUGAGCUGGAUUCCUUCCCUUCCUGAGUCUGGGCCGGGAUCAGGAGGGAUCAGGAGGGAUCAGUCAGCGGUGGGAUGAGCCGGUUCAUACGAGCCGCUUCUGGACCGCGGCUGCUGAUGAGCAUCAGAGGAAACCAAACCAGCCUUAGACCAAGACUGGGCAAAAACUAGAAGAUUUUACAAGAACCCAAAGCAUGCUGAGACCAAACAUGAAUAAUAAACUUUAAAGGAAAUAAAAUAGAAAUAAGAGACACAACAUGUACAUCAGGGGUGUCCAACAUGAGGCUCGGGGGCCUUUUGUGGCCCCUGGAUGACAUAAAUUUGUCUCACCAUCAGAUUAACUUUCUUUCAAUUUAGACAAACUGACCCACAAUUAAAAUGUUCUCACAAAAAUGUUUAGAUGCAACACAAAGUAUUAAUAAUUUAAUAAUCCAGCUCCUUUAGAAACAACAUCAUCAUCACACUAAAGCAAACUCAGGCUUUAAUGUUUUCAUUGUUUAUCAGAAACAAACUGAGGGAGGAAACAGUUUCUCAUUGUGUCCAGCAUGUGUGGGAUCUGCAGAGACGUUAGCUGCCCUUUUCCUGACCCUUGACCUUCACAAGUCCUGAGGUCAUCUUCGAUCAAUAAGGACUAUUUCUAUUUUUGUAAUGCUUGUUUAUUUAUUAAGAAUUUAUUAUUCAGUCAUUUUCAACAUUAAUCUUUAUGCACAAAAUAUAAAAC